GCUACAGUUACAGACUCAGCCCCCGCUGGCGCAGCCUCUCUGAUUCUCUUUCCCUCCGCGUCCAGCGCUGGGCUUUUUCUGACGUGUGCAUCUGCUAACCAGGUCACAUUUCAGCCACGACCCAGCCUCCGUCAGUCACUGGAGUCAGACAGCAGGAGGAGGGCUGAGGAGGACCGCAGCCUUCGCCAGCAGCGCGGCGCGGUGGAGGGAAGGACAUCAAAUCCUGCAGAAGUCGAGACUCCCAACCCCCACCCAGGUCCAAGCACACACCACGAUGAACGCUCCGGGCUACGGGCGGCUGGCGCUGCUGCUGCUGCUGCUCACUAUGGUCGCCUUGGCUGAAGGCGACGCCAAGGGGCUCAAGGAGGGCGAGACCCCCGGCAAUUUCAUGGAGGACGAGCAAUGGCUGUCGUCCAUCUCGCAGUACAGCGGCAAGAUUAAGCAUUGGAACCGCUUCCGAGACGAUGACUACAUCAAGAGCUGGGAGGACAAUCAGCAAGGAGAUGAAGCCCUGGACACUACCAAGGACCCCUGCCAGAAGAUGAAAUGCAGUCGUCACAAGGUGUGCAUUGCCCAAGGCUACCAGCAGGCUAUGUGCAUCAGCCGCAAGAAACUAGAGCACAGGAUCAAGCAGCCUUCUCUGAAACUUCAUGGAAGCAAAGACUCCAUCUGCAAGCCCUGUCAUAUGGCCCAGCUCAUUUCAGUCUGUGGCUCUGAUGGCCACACCUACAGUUCAGUGUGUAAGCUGGAGCAGCAGGCGUGCCUGAGCAGCAAGCAGCUGGCAGUGAGGUGUGAGGGCCCAUGUCCUUGUCCUACGGAACAGGCUACCACGUCUACCGCUGAUGGCAAGUCAGAGACCUGCACAGGGCAGGACCUGGCUGACCUGGGAGAUAGGCUCCGCGACUGGUUCCAGCUCCUUCGUGAGAACUCCAAGCAGAAUGGCUCAGCCAGCAGUGCAGCCAGCCCUGCAGUCUCCUCUCUAGGGUUAGACAAGAGCCUGGGGACCAGUUGCAAGGAUUCCAUUGGUUGGAUGUUCUCUAAGCUGGACACCAGUGGAGACCUCUUCCUGGACCAGACGGAACUGGCUGCCAUCAACCUGGACAAAUACGAGGUCUGCAUCCGCCCCUUCUUCAACUCCUGCGAUACCUACAAAGAUGGUCGCGUCUCAACUGCUGAGUGGUGUUUCUGCUUCUGGAGGGAAAAGCCCCCCUGCCUGGCAGAGUUGGAGCGUACACAGAUCCAAGAGGCAGCCAAAAAGAAACAAGGUGUCUUCAUCCCGAGCUGUGAUGAGGAUGGCUACUACCGGAAGAUGCAGUGUGACCAGAGCAGUGGCGACUGCUGGUGCGUGGACCAGCUGGGCCUGGAGCUGACUGGCACACGCAUGCAUGGGAACCCCGACUGUGAUGACAUCGUGGGUUUCUCAGGGGACUAUGGAAGUGGUGUCGGCUGGGAGGAUGAGGAAGAAAAGGAGACAGAGGAGGCAGGAGAGGAGGCCGAGGAGGAGGAGGGUGAGGUGGGUGAGGCAGAUGACGGAGGCUACAUCUGGUAGAUGGCCCUCAAGGGCCUUGGCAGGCCAGGGCGCCGAAGGCCAGAAAGACAGGCCAGAAGAGACCUGGACAACAGCAGGCAACUUAGCAAAUGGAUCCAGAAGUCAGUGUGAAGGACCCUGGCUCCAGUGAGGAGGACUGGAGAAUGUGGUAUGUGUGACUGGUGUGUGUGUGUGUGUGUGUGUGUGUGUGUGUGUGCGCUCAUGUGUGUUGGUUGUGUCAUGUGCUGACAGAUGUGUCCUUGAUUCAUGCUGCUCCUGGCAGUAAGUCACCCAAAGGCUCCUUUCUCCUUGUAGUUAUUUUCUUUUCCUUCUGUUGAUUUUAAAAUGCAUGCACAUGUACAUGCAAAUUGGCCAAAAAUCAAUGAAACAAGUUGUCCCUGAUCCUGUCCUGCAGCCCCAAAACCUGGUGUUCUGAUCCUGCUCUAUCAGCCCUACCUUCCUCCUUUUGAGGCCAAAGAGAAGGAGGGCAGGAAGCUGAAAGCUGAGUAUCCUCCUUAAAGUGGGUUGAUUUGCUAUGAAAGCCCUGCCCACAACUGUCUGGUGAUGAUGAGACAGGACUCUGUACACAGCAAGACUUGCCCUUCUGCUGAUGUCUGAAGCGCUAGUUGCAGAUGUGUCUAACCAUGGUCCUUGGGCACACAUAGUUAAUGCUGACUAUCCAUGUAGCCCAACACAAAACUGUAAACUUACCUAAGACAUAGAUUUGUUUUUAUUUGAUAACUCAAUUGAAGAGGAAUUUUUGAGUGUCAGCUUAACAGAUGACAGUGUUCUGCCACAAUGUGAAAAGGUUGGACAUACUUAAUAGAUUUUCUCUUAACCUAUUCCUGAGUAGCCAGAGAUAGCCCAGGAGAAAGGCGGGAGAGGGUAGGUCCCUGAUAACCCAGUCAGGAUCUGUGGCCUCAUGGGGAUCGAGGCUGUUUUCUUAGCAAAAAGGGGCUGUUAUAGUGCUGCUGAGAUUUGGAGCAGCCUGUCAUGAGGACUUGCUGCUGCUACCUCUGUCCCCUGGUGAGGGGGCCCCUGUCCUAAGGAGCUGAGGAUCAGAAAACAGCAUAUGUGUGCCCACCUCCUCCUUGACCCUCUAGGAACCAGUCCUCAAAAAACAUGUCCCUGAGAUCCUGCCACUUCCUAUGCCUUAGGUAGUCCUGGAGGAGAGGCCUCAGAGCCACAGUGCUCUCAACCAUGGGGUUUCUUCUGUCUUAAGGGUCCCCAAGACAGCUCUAGCAGAACCAUGUCCCAAGCUCCAUUUAAAGCCCUACAACAUAUGUGAAUAGAGAACAGUGCAUCAGCGGGACCACACUGGGCAGCUAGGCCCUGAGGUCAUGCCCCCAAAUCACCAAGCCCAGUGGGAGGUCCUUUUACCCAGAUGCCCUAUGGGGUUUGGUGUGUUUAUUGCUUCCUACUUCUCCCUCUCAAAGGAAAUUUCUUAAUAUAUUUGAUGAAGAAUUUUUUACUUGGACCUGGACCUCUGAUAACUUUUGGGACAUGCACGUAUGAGAGAGAGAGAGAGAGAGAGAGAGAGAGAGAGAGAGAGAGAGAGAACAUCUGAGAGUCAUUCUGCUGGCUGGCUGGGGAGAGUGAGAAGGGCCCCCUGUGUGAUGGGAGGCUAGCCACAUACUGGGUCCUUGUACUGAGGCUUUCAGAACAAGGCCCCAGUCUGGUUCCCCACCCCCCGCACUGCCCAGCAUCUUGGGGCACUGGCUGGAUACAUCCGCUGAGUGUCAUUUGGACUUUAGGGGAAGCACCUCAUCCUUCCCAUUCCUUUUUGCCACCCUGGAAUGGCUACCUUCUUUGUCAUUUCCUGGGGGAAGUGCCACUAAGCUCUAUAAAGUGCUUCUCAUUCCACAAGAAAGUUCUGACACUCCAGGUGUUGCCUGGUCCCAUCCCCUUCCUCCUCCCUUCCUCUUCAGGCCUCUGCAACUUUCCUCUGGUUCCUGGCUCAGUCACAUCAGCCCUCUGCAUUCCAGAAGCAGCCCCUUCUCCUUUUCCUCUUUCUCCUCCUCCUCCAGCUGGAGUUACUUGAAACUUUCUGCUCUCCCUAGGAUGGAGUCUGAUUUUUCCUCUACCCCAGCUGGAUUUCCAGAAUGUCCCUGGGUAGCUGCAAAGGAUUUUAGGCUCUCUGGAAUGAGGGGGUGGAGUUCUUUCACUCUGUUCGCUGGGGACCACACUCUGUGUGUUCCUGUAUCUGACUUUGUAAAUAUGUCUUAGGAAGAAAGCAGAAGGUGUUGAACUGUGGCAGGCAUGCAGGGGUCCAGGAGCUUGUCCCUCCCUAAAGCCCCCAGCCUGCUGCUUCUCACCCCACUGAGACUGAGUCCUACAAAGGUAGGCAGAGCAGUUGUUCCUGGUGGGGCUGGAGGUCCCCAAGUACCUCCUGGUCAAGAAAGCUUCAGGUUUCUCCAGGAGCAAGGUCACAAGAUCAUUCUCAGUCCUGUGGUUUCAUCCUUGUAUAAGCUGCCUACCUAUUUUCCUGCUUUCACACCCUUGCUGUGGGCCAGGGAAUUAGGGCUGUGCUGGAAAGUGUUCAACCAAAUUGUAGCAGCACCAUGUCUUGCUGGGACCUGGAGCUGCUCUGCUAGGAGACUCUUUGGCCUGUGGGUGCUGGGAGGGAUGGUGCAAGUUGGGGCAGGUUGGGGUUGGAGGAAAUAAAUGUGCCUUGAGAGACCACUCAGAGCUCCCAGGAGUAACAGGGAUAAGACUUACCCUGGGAGCUCUGGAUGGAGGCAAAGUUGGUGAGAGAGACAUGGAACAUCUUGACUCCCCCCCCAACCCCCAGUAUCCCAUAGGGGUUUCAACUACAUGGGAUAGGUGGGCACAGGUCCUUCCUUACUCCCUCCCCCCCUAGCUGGUUUGGCUUGGCACAUAUUUGGCCUUUCUUGAGCUUUUAUCUGCUUCCAGUUUCAUCUCUGGGUGGGGAGGUCUUUUGGUAUCAUCUCACCAAAGCCUGAGCCUACUGCUCUUGCAGAAAACCAGGGGCCCAUCUUGGACACCUGGGUCAUGAUGGGCCUUCCGACCUGCAGUUGUUCCAGGGAAGGGCCCUGAAGUGCAAAGCGAGUCCCAGGCGGAGCAACCCAUUUCACAGCCCGUGUCCUACUUAAGCUGUCUAAUGUGCAAUAACUGAGCUUAGAGUUAAACAUUGUGGUCAAGUGCUUGGGUUCUGUCUGUAGAUUUAAAUGCUGACAUUGUAUCUCUCAGUAAUUUUAGCUGUCUUUUAAAAAACUGAACAAGUGUUAGACCCGUGUGUGCAUUGAUGGGCCCUUAUGCGUCCUGUGGGUUGUCCCACUUUCUCCCUUCCCCUCAUGACCUGCCUCUCCCCACCUGCCUCCACCUGGGGCCCCUCACCUUGCUAUCAUCUUUAUCUGCCUAUUACUCAGCCUAAGGAAACAAAUUCACUCUGCACAUGCAUAAAGGAAAAUAAAUGUUAUUUUUAAGAAAGUGGAAAAUAAAAACUUUAUAAACACCA